AUGGUCAGGCAGCUGGAGUACCUGGCGUGCCUGCAACUGAACAUUACCAUGACCUGGGGAGACUCUCAUUACCUUGGACUGACUGGACUUGAAGUGAUAGGAAAGAAUGGUCACGCAUUAAAAAUAAGUUCAGAACAGAUUUCUGCUUCACCCCAAGACUUAAAUGAUCUUCCAGAGUAUACAGGAGAUUCCAGAACGUUAGAAAAGUUAAUAGAUGGGACUAAUAUCACAGUAGAGGAUGACCAUAUGUGGCUCAUUCCCUUCUCUUUGGGAGAAGAUCAUCUGCUCACAAUCCAUUUUGAUAAAAAUGAAAGUAUUGCGGGGCUUCGCUUUUGGAACUAUAAUAAAUCUCCCGAGGAUACCUAUAGAGGGGCUAAGGUAGUCCACGUGACACUGGAUGGUCACAGCAUCUCCCCGCCGGAGGGCUUUCUUAUCCGCAAGGGACCAGGCAACUGCCAUUUUGACUUCGCCCAAGAAAUUCUCUUUCUUGACUAUCUGCAGCCCCAGCUGAUAAAUAAAGCACCAAGGAGGACUGGUUCAAAGAGAAUGGAACAAGCUAGUAUGGACUACGAAGCACCGUUAAUGCCAUGUGGUUUUAUUUUCCAGUUUCAGCUUCUGACAAGUUGGGGUGAUCCGUACUACAUUGGUUUGAACGGACUCGAGUUGUUCAAUGAACAUGGAGAGCAAAUCUUACUAACGGAAAACAAUAGUGUCAACAUUUUAGAAGAUGUAUCUGGCGACAUCCGAACUCCAGACAAACUCAUUGACAGAGUAAAUGACACAACCGACGGCAGACACAUGUGGCUUGCACCGGUUCUCCCUGGUUUGGUGAAUAGGGUGUAUGUCAUUUUUGAUGUACCUACUACGGUGUCAAUGAUCAAGUUGUGGAAUUAUGCCAAAACACCUCAGAGAGGUGUGAAAGAAUUUGGUCUUCUGGUGGAUGACUUGCUUGUCUACAAUGGGAUUCUGGACAUGGUGAACCAUGUAGUAUCGGGCAUCCUACCAACCUGUGAUCCGGUGGUCCCAUAUCACACCAUUCUCUUCACAGAUGAUGAGAAGAUUUGCCAUCAGGAGAAGAGAACUGUUAUUAGCAAUCACGUGGGAGAUCAGGAUGUACGAAUGAUGAAUGAAAAUGAGAUUGUCACAAACAGCAAAAAGAAGCAGGCGGUGGCUGACCCAGCUUUGCGUCCAAAAACCUGCAUAUGUGAAAAAGGACUGCAGAGGAGGAAAAGAUAA